AUGCCUCUCUCUCUCAUCCCUUCGCCGACCAUCCUCGUCCCCCAGCUCCCGCCCAAGACUCUCGUCGGCAUCGAUCUCGUCACCUUCACAUCCACACCCAACUUCCACGGCAUCCGGGACCUACCCAGCGGCUGGCACUUCCUGUACACAGGGACAACUGCAAGUUUCUCACUGAGAUGCGGGGCAUGGUUUUACGUCGGCAACAUCGGCGUCUUUGACAGCGGCAGCAACCAAAACAACGCUGGGACGAUCGUGCGGGCAUCAGCAGGCAGCCAUGGGCCGGACAUCUACAUCUGGAAGUGGAACUCGGAAUCAGAAACAAUGGAACCACUCAGAGCAGAUAGCGAGGCAGACAGACAGGAAGCGAUGCGGCACAAAGCGAAUCUAGGGACUGUGGCGCAACGCGGUGGGCUGUUCAGUUACCGCAGCCGUGUCUCAUCGCGGAUGAUCCAGGCGCAAAGCGAGCAGCAAGGCCCCAUGCAGGACGAGAUUGACGAAGAAGAAGAACAGGAAGGCAGGAAGGAUUGGGCAGACUUGACGAAGAACAUCACGCCGAAACUGUUUUCGCGGAUCAGAGGCGAUCCCGAACUGGACGUUGACAAUCGGCCGCGGUGGAUGGUGACUACUGGUAGCAGUGCGGAGAGGGAUAGCGAUAGGAUACCCGGGCUGGAGCAGAACUCGGAGGAACUCGAGCAGGUCACUGGGGAGCCGGAGAGCGAGUUUGCGUUUUUGCCAGUUGAUCUGAAACGAACCUGGAGAGAAGGCGCUGUUGGACGCGAGAGGACUGAAGCGGCACAGGAUCGGUCCUGGGCGCUAGGCGAUCUGGUAGACCGGUACUCUGACAACGAAGGCAAAGAAGGAGGCCAAAGUGGAGAAGCCCAGAUUUUGGGAGAACUACAGUUCACCUUCCUGAUGGUUCUGACUCUCAUGAACUACUCCUGCCUGCAGCAGUGGAAGAGGCUGCUGGAGCUCGUGCUAACCUGCCAAAAUGCCAUCAAGACUCGAGAAUCAUUCAUGGCGAGCGUACUGCGAUUACUCUUGUUACAGCUCAAACGGUGUGAUGAUGUCGAAGGCGGACUAUUUGAUAUCGAUGGAGAGGAAGGUGGAGAAUUCCUGCGCAGGCUCCUAAUGAAAUUCCGACGGUCACUAUACGAAGUCGUCGACAACCCGGGGGCUGCAGUCAAGACCGAGUUUGACAAGCUAGCUACAUGGGUUAAGAACGAAUAUGAUUGGGAAUUGAACCGCGAAGCGAUCGUCCGCCGAGGCAUGGUUCAGCUGGAAGACGGGGAGCAAGUUGAGUUGGAAAUGAAUGAUGAGGAUGGAGACGACGAGACUGGGGAGUAUGCUCCAAUAGUUGUCGACCUUGAAGAAGGGACCACAGCGCAAGACCUUGAUAUCGAGGCGGAUGACAGCACCCAAUGCACAACAACACCAUUGCCUCACAGGAGCGAAUGA